AUGAGCGACGGACUCUUAGCGGCGUACGCCGCGACGCUCGGCUGGCUCACGCAGCGCGCGCAGUACCGGUUCCCGCGCCUCCAGUCGAUGGUGUCCUUCUUCAUCUCCAUGGUGCCCGGCGAGCUUCCGCACCUCUUUUUACUGCUGCACAGUUUGCUGCUCUACUACCGCCGCACGUCACAGCGCUGGGUCCAGCUCCUCCACGCGUACGUCCUCUUUCGGCUCGUGCAGCUUUUUCGCAGCAACGCGGCGGCCAAGCACGCCUUCCAAGAGGCGUGCAUCCGCAAGCAGCUGCUGUCGCCCACGGCCGCCGCGACAGCCAUUGGCGCGCGCUCGGCGUGGCAAUGGCUCCUCAUCUGGAGCCCACUCCCCAUGAAGCUUGCACUCAAGGGCAUGUACCCUGGCGUCGAGUGCCUUGGCACCAAGACCUAUGCACAUGUCGGCAAGCGCGUGUCGCGGGCAAUGCAGAUGGACGUGUUCAAACACAAACGCUGCGGCCCCAAGCCGCCCGUCUUCCUCUUCAUUCACGGCGGUGGCUGGCUCGUUGGCAACCGGUCGUACGCACCGCAAGCGCUCCUGCACCAGGUGUGCUCGAAAGGCUGGCUCUUUUGCUCGAUUGACUACCGCCUCGCGCCGUUUGCUGGCUUUCCCACCAACCUCAUUGAUUGCAAGCGCGCGAUUGCAUAUCUGCGCACGACGACCGAGCUCGAUUUAGAUGCGAGUACGAUUGUGGUCGGUGGCGAGUCGGCUGGCGGUCAUCUUGCCGCCUUGGUGGCCGUGACCUCGGGCGAAACGCGGUUCCAGCCAGGCUUUGAAGGCGUUGAUACGUCUGUCGCGGCGUGCAUUGAUGCCUACGGGAUCCAUGACGUCCUCGAUCGUCAUGGGCACUUUCGAAAGCGGGACAACGCCGACGGCUUCCGACAGUACAUUGAGGUCAUGCUCAUGCAAAAGAAGCUGCGCCCGUCGACCGAAGUAUUUUUCAAAGCGGCGUCGUCACUGCAGUACGUCCUCGACCGUACCUCCCCGGUGCCGCCGUUUCUGCUCGUCCACGGCGAAUUCGACUCGGUCGUCCCCUUCGAAGACUCGAAAGAGUUUUACGACGCGCUCCAAACCCUGCGCGCCGAGUCGGCGGCGGAUCGACCCCGGAUCCCCGACGUCUUUAUCAAGGUUCCGGCGGCGCAGCACGCGUUCAACAUCUUUACGUCGCCCCGGGCCCUCGCGUACGGCGAUACCGUCGUCGCGUUCUUAGAAGCCGUUCGCACCCGGCCGCCCUCGCCCAAGCUCUAG